AUAGAUGUUGCACUGGACAGAGAAGUAGAUGGAGAUCUUUUACUGGGGGACAUGGGCCAGGGGAUGCCUUUCCGACCUGGCACCUUUGACGGUUGCAUCAGUAUUUCAGCGCUUCAAUGGCUCUGUAAUGCCGACAAGAAGUCACACAGUCCUCCAAAGAGACUCUAUACAUUCUUCAGUACUCUCUACUCUUCUCUGUCAAGAGGCUCACGUGCAGUUUUCCAGCUUUAUCCCGAGAACUCAGAGCAGCUGGAGCUGAUCACGACGCAGGCCAUGAGGGCAGGUUUCAGUGGAGGAAUGGUGGUGGACUAUCCCAACAGCAGCAAGGCUAAAAAGUUCUUCUUGUGUCUUUUUGCUGGAGCAUCAGGAGUCCUUCCCAAAGGAUUGGGAGCAGAAGCGUCAGACAAAGCAGUUUCAAACCAGGUCCAGUAUUCAGGACAAAGGUAAUGAUAGUCACACAGCAGG